CGAGUCAGUUGAAAGAGAAAAUCUCCCGGUGGUCACAAAUACCUGCCCUUCUUGACCAUGUAAUCCUUAGGCUUACUGUUAACUGAGUGUACUUCACCCGAUCAACGUACGGAUAUAGAUCAGAGAUCGCGUAAUUGGACGCGCUGUAUAGAAGAGUACACAUCGACUAUUGUGCAUUUUUCAUAACUACUGACUUUUAGUCGUCUUCGCUUCAUCUGUCAAGUCUUUGUAGCGGACAAUCGAUGUCUGAGGGGAAACCAUUCACGCCUAGUGGUUACAAUUAUAUGUAGCAUUGUCGUCGAUCAAGUGUGGGUAUAUUGCUUCCUACCUACGCUGUGUGGAUGACAAGACACUCUCCUCACAUAUACGGAAACGAUGAACACAUUGACUACCUGGACUAGUUGAGCUUAGUUGGAUGGACGUUACAUUUUAUUUUUAUUAAUUGUAAUAGGGAUCAACAGUGUUGAGUUAAAUAACAUGUAGAUAACGCGAUAUACAUCGAAGCUGCUCACUCAGUCUGGGACGAACCCAAUUUGUCAACGCUUGGUUUUACUGGUAUAGGUUUUUUAUUAAUGUAACCGUAUUUAUUUACUUAUUUAUAUAAAAAAAAGGAUCAUAAUGACACUUAACCUGAUAAAAGGCGACCGCAUGGCUUCCUCAGUGGACGCAGUGAAUUCCUCGUUAACACCAUCCCCAAUACCAAGAGUAGAUGAUGAUGCUGAAUGUCUUUCUGAUAAAUCGGACUCUGAAAAUGAAAGAGGUUGCAAAAACAUCGAUGCUCUUAGUGACAUGGACCGUGUUUCUAUGCCGUCGGUCAUUGACCGACAGGAGCUUUCUUCGGAUUCUAAAAUACCAGAACCACAUACAAGACUCAGUGAUACAAAUGGACCGUUAGUAAGUCCUCCGAGGAGAUCGUUUUUCAUCACAGACAUUUUAUCAGAGGGACAUCGAGAACGGACACAGACAUUCUCGGCAUUUCGACCUUUAAGAGUGCCAAGUCGAUACCUAUCUUCACAUAGUACCCUUAACACUGAGGCCAUUGCUAAACACAAUUUUGUAAACUUUGCAUCUCUGGGUAAUACCGGACAGGCUGAUGACUAUCGCAAUGACACAGUCAAUGAAAAAGACGAAGAUGAAGAUGAUAGUGAUGAUGCUAGUACAGAUAUAUUAGAAGAUAAAAAGGAAGACGGAUCGUCGGAUCAGCAAACAGAUUCUGUAACUGGAUUAAUGAAACCAAAGAAGGCCCGAAAGGCACGCACGGCUUUCACUGACCACCAAUUAAACAGUUUGGAAAAAACAUUCGAACGUCAGAAAUAUCUCAGUGUCCAGGAUAGGAUGGAACUCGCCGCCAAACUCAACUUAACAGACACCCAAGUGAAGACAUGGUACCAGAAUAGAAGGACUAAGUGGAAGCGACAGACUGCCGUCGGCUUAGAGCUACUGGCGGAGGCGGGUAACUACGCGGCCGUCCAGCGUCUGCUGCAGACCAACCCCUACUGGUUUACAUACCAUCCUCAAGCGUCCGGAAUCAUCUCUAAUAUUGACGCUUUGUACUAUCGCCAUGGUGAGAGUUCCAUGACUCCUCAGCGCCCUACAUUGCCUAGGAUGUUUAUCCAUGGCCUACAACAACAUGUUAACCAUAUCUCCACACCUCCCCCGAUUUAUUCUGAAAACAGAAGUUGAGAAAAUUAUGUAAUAUUUAUAAAAUAUAAUGACAAUGUGAUUAAAUGGCAUACGUCAAUGAUGACAUCAGGAGAAUAAUGAUGUGGGUCAGAUUAGGAAAUGUUUAUGAGUUAGCUAUUCUACACCGUCGUAAACAAACAUUCCUUGCACUGAAUGAGUUACAUUUGAUAGUAAUAUUACAGUGCUCGCUAUUGUAUGUAUAGACAAUGAAUUGGUACGGAAACUGUCGGUGAAAAACAACCCCAACUCACAAACUGAUGCAACAAUUCCGUUUGACAGAUGAUUUUCCUCUGCAGAAAUAUUCAUUUAUACUGAUUAAGGUGUACAAAACAUUGCUACUGCGCAAAUGUUAACCUGAAACGUACUACAACAAACUACAACAAUGACGGUCGUCAUGUUUGAUAUAUUAACAUAUGCGCAUUUACAAAGAUGAUGUUAAUGGUCUGGCUUCUUACUAGUCUCUUAUGUCCGUCACAACAAUGGCGGAUGUACACGUUAUAUAUAAAUUAUAAAGUGCUUAAAUAUCGCAUUUGAUUUUUAUCCCUUUUUUCAUUAUCUCACAUGCAUUUACAACCGAACAAAGGUGAUUUCUGUGUGUCACGAAAUUAUCUUUAGAUAUUAGUUAUGAAUAAAAU